AUGUACCAGCCACAUCCAGUGAGUGUGUGUGAGGCUGAAAGAAGAGGAGGGGAAUAUAAAGAGAGGGGAAAGUGCUGGAGUGAGUGAGGGAGGUUCCCCAGCACAGACAAUCUGCAGCACACAUACAGAUUUCUUUAUUUUACACCCUCUUUCUUCCUCUAUUGCAUUUUUGUGUUCCUUUUUGCGUUUUCAUGAUUUAGACAAAGUUAAGACUCAAAGAACGUAACUCUGCCAUUUUCACUUUUACGCCAAAGGAAAACACACUGAUUCACAAUCGCACACUGAUAUUUUUGUGCAGUUGUUGCAGUGUGUAUGAGAGAUGUGGAGCUGUAUAACAGACUUCUUCACCUACGAGACAACAAAGUCUGUUGUGGUCAAGAGCUGGACCAUCGGCAUCAUCAACCGAGUUGUUCAGCUGCUCAUCAUCUCUUACUUUAUUGGUUGGGUGUUUUUGUAUGAAAAGGCCUAUCAGGAGAGAGACACCGCUAUAGAAUCAUCGGUCAUGACUAAAGUAAAAGGAUUUGGCGAGCACCAUAACAAGACCAUGGAUGUAGCAGACUACGUCACUCCUACACAGGGGGCUUCAGUGUUCUGUAUCAUUACCAAACUCAUCUCCACCGAGAACCAGGUGCAGGGCAAAUGUCCUGAGAGUGAGACGAAGUUUAAAUGUGAACAUAAUGAUAACUGCACAAAAUUAAUGACAAGGCCGGGUUCAAAUGGUUUGUUGACUGGAGAGUGUGUGGAAUUCAACAGUACUCUCAAAACAUGUCAGAUCAAAGGCUGGUGCCCAGCAGAGAUAGAUGAUGUCCCAAUUAAACCCAUGAUGGAGGUGGAGAAUUUCACAAUAUUCAUCAAAAACAGCAUUCGCUUUCCCCGCUUCAACUUCACAAAAGGAAACUUCUUGCCCACCAUCAACAGUAGCUAUAUAAAGAAGUGCAAUUUUGACUUUGAGAAGAAUACCUACUGCCCGAUAUUCAAAGUGGGAGAUGUUGUCCGCUUAGCCCACCAGAACUUCACCACACUCGCUAACAAAGGUGGAGUGAUAGGCAUAAAGAUAGCCUGGGUGUGUGAUUUGGAUAAAUCAGAGGAAGAAUGCAAGCCUGCAUAUUCUUUCACUCGUCUGGACGCCAUGUCUGAGAAAAACAGCGUGUCACCAGGAUACAACUUCAGGUUUGCCAAGUAUUUUAAAGCGGAGAAUGGGACUGAGUACCGCACUCUGCUGAAGGCUUAUGCUAUCAGAUUCGAUGUGAUGGUCAACGGAGAUGCAGGAAAAUUUAAUAUGAUCCCAACUCUGAUCAAUAUGGUGGCAGCUUUUACUUCUGUGGGUGUGGGGGCAGUUCUUUGUGAUAUAAUCCUUCUGAAUUUCCUGAAAGGAGCUGACCAGUACAAGGCAAAGAAAUUUGAAGAGGUGUCAGAUGCACAUAUUGAAAGAACUGGCUCCUAUAUCAGCGCAAUGUAUCGGACACGGGAUCACAGUCAGUUGUCAAUCAGACCUGAGGACAAGUUCUCUAACGAUUCCGGGGCCUUUUCCAUUGGCCAGUAUGGUUAACAGCAACUGUUUUGUAAUAUUUGAACAAAUGUUCAACUGCGUUUAAUGCGUCUCAAUACCUCUCAAUACCAAAUGUAAUAUAAGCUGUAAGGUAUCAGAUUCUAGCACUGAGUUAGACAUAUUGACAUAUUUCUGCACCAGAUGUAAUAUUUGCAUGGUCAUUUUCAGGCCUACAGCAAUAGAAGAUGAAAGAAAGCAGCUUUGUUAUUAGAAGCACAUCUGCAUGUUCACAUUUAUACAAUUCUUUAUAGUUUAUCAUUUUUUUUUCCUUUACAGUGGAGUCCAAAAGUCUGAGACCACUAGUGAAAAUGCCUCUAUUUUGCAUUAUUUUGUAAUUUAAUGCUUAAUGCUUCAUUGCAAAUUAUAUUGCCAGCAUAAGAAUUUCAGUAUUUCUUCAGUAUUCUGUCCUCUUUGCUUUAAUGACAGCUUGCACUCCACAGUUGUGGUGGUUAUGUGGAGAAUUGUGUGAUGCGUACAUCAGAUCCACCUGAGAGUCGUCUGAACACGAGCUUCAAUCAGACAAAUAAGACCAAAAAAAUUUUUUGGACAAAUUCCUUAACAUGAUCGGUGCCACAAAUU